CUGGGAGGGGAGGAGCCUCUUAUCGUUAUUUCACUGAAACGAAACUAAAGUGAUUCAAAACUCUCAAAACAUGUUCUACUUAGUUUAUGUAGACAGUGAUUUGGUUAUUUUAUACACAGAGAUCAUAGAAAACAACAGAAGUGCCAACAGAAAUGGAUUCCUGUAGCAGUCUCCUGUCUGAAGAUCAGUUCCAGUGUUCAAUCUGUCUGGAUGUGUUCACUGAUCCUGUCUCUACUUCAUGUGGACACAACUUCUGCAAGGCCUGUAUCACCAAGUACUGGGACAACAGUGACCUGUGUCAAUGUCCCAUGUGCAAGCAGAAGUUCGAUAAGAGACCUGAGCUUCAUGUCAACACUUUCAUCUCUGAGAUGGCUGCUCAGUUCAGGAAUUCAGAGCCACUGAAAGCUGCCAUCAGUCCAGAACUGUGUCCUGCUAAAACUGAAGUGUCAUGUGACUAUUGUACAGGUACCAAGCUCAAGGCCCUGAAGUCCUGUCUGGUGUGUCUGACCUCUUACUGUGAGACUCACCUGGAGCCUCAUCAGAGAGUUGCAGCCUUGAAGAAACACAAGCUGAUGGACCCUGUGGAGAACCUGGAGGACAGGAUGUGUCACAAGCAUGAGAGACUCCUGGAGCUGUUCUGUAGGACUGACCAGACGUGUGUGUGUCUCAUGUGCAUGACAACAGACCAUAAGACCCAUGACACUGUCACUUUAGAGGAGGUGUAUGAACAGAGGAAGGUUAAACUGGGACAGAUGAUGGCUGAGAUUAACCAAAUGAUGGAAGAAAGAUCUGAGAAGGUUCAGGAGAUCAAACUCUCAGUAGAGACCAGCAAGAGAGAUGCAGAAAGAGAGAUAUCAGACAGUGUUCAGGUCUUCACGGCUCUGGUGCGCUCCAUUGAGAGAAGCCAGGCUGAGCUCAUUGAGGUGAUGGAGGAGAAGCAGAAAUCAGCAGAGAAACAGGCUGAAGGGUUGAUUCAAGAUCUGGAGCAGGAGAUCGCUGAGCUGAAGAGGAGAAGCACUGAGCUGGAGCAGCUCUCACACACUGAGGACCACCUCCAUCUGCUGCAGAGCUUCCCAUCCCUGAGCACCCCUCCACACACCAAGGACUGGUCUGAGAUCAGUGUCCACAGUGGUCUGAGUGUGGGGGCAGUGAGGAGAGCUGUGUCUCAGCUGCAGGAGACACUCAAUAAAGAGAUGGAGAAGCUGUCUGACACUGAACUGAAGAGGAUUCAGCAGUAUGCAGCGGAUGUGACUCUGGACCCUGAUACAGCACAUCCCAAACUCAUCCUGUCUGAGAAUGGGAAACAAGUGAGAUAUGGAGAUGUAAGGAAACAUCUUCCUGACAACCCAGAGAGGUUUGAUUGUUGUCUUAAUGUCCUGGGAAAGCAGGGCUUCUCCUCAGGGAGGUUCUACUAUGAGGUGCAGGUUGAGGGGAAGACUAAGUGGGAUCUGGGAGUGGUCAGAGAGUCCAUCAACAGGAAGGGGCUGAUCACACUGAGUCCUAACGCUGGAUACUUGACUGUAUGUCUGAGGAGUGGAGAUGAGUACCAGGCUCUGGCUGUCCCCCAUGUCUUCCUCUCCCUGAGACAGAAGCCCCAGAAGGUGGGGGUGUUUUUGGACUAUGAGGAGGGUCUGGUCUCCUUUUAUGAUGUGGAGGCCAGGUCUCAUAUCUACUCUUUCACUGGCUGCACCUUUACUGAGAAACUCUAUCCAUACUUCAGUCCCUGUGGGAAUUAUAGAGGUAAAAACUCUGCCCCUCUGAUCAUCACUCCUAUCACACAGUGAAAAAUAAAGAUGUGAAAUGCUGAAGUUCAAAAGAAAAUGUGAUUACGAAAUAUUAAUCUGAACAAAACUGUUGUGAAUGUGCUGGAGACAAAGUCAUUUCGAUUUUCAAACAUUUAUAAAAACUCUUUAUACAGGGACAGUGCUCCCCUGGUGGCUCACAGGGUAGAGCAUGAACCUCAGACUAAGGCCUUGACUCAGGGUUCGAGUCCAGCCUGGGACAUUUCAUGCUUUUCUCUCUUUCUUUUUACCUUUCCUGUCACUCUUUCAAAUAUCAAAUAAAGGCAAAAAAAUCCAGUAAUAAUAGGUUUUAUGAAAUAUGGCGAAUGAUAUGACACCUAAAUGUACCAGUGAACAUUAUGAAAUAAAAUUCAAUACAUUAAUAUAAAACCUCAUUCAAUCCUUUAAAAAACUAUUUUGUUCACUACCACAAUCAGUGAAAUAAAUCACGAAUCACCUAUGAGAAUGUUCAGUUUAGAAAAUCUCCAACACAGAUCCUAACAUGGUGCUUGUAUUCAGGGACAAACACACAGUUGUGUUUCAGGUUCACACUAGUUCUGUUCAAGUUUGAAAAUGCUCUGAAGAGCAUAAACUCUUGCUUUCUCUCACUGCUUUGGUCAGUGUGUUUAAGCUGUUUAGAGUAAUCCACAUAUUUAACAUUACAAACAAACUCAACACAGGUCAGUCAACUAGACAUUCUUUCAUGACCAACAUAGUCACUCCCCCUCUCUCUCAUAUUAGACACGCACACAAAAAAUAUGUCCUCCAACAAUCAACCUUGAACUCAUACACACCCACAGAGAUCACAGACUGUCUAGUAUCGGCAUUGAUAUCCCCCUCAACUGUCUUCAUAGUUAACCCUCAUCAUCUGUGAACAUAGACAAUGGGUUGUGGUCAAAACCUUGCCUAACACAACCACUAAAAAUUGUGUUUAUGAAAUUAUGUACUUUGUUAAACUAUCCAAUUUACAGCAUUAGAAAAUAAUCCUGAUUUUACCCUGUCUGAGGAUGGGACACAAGUGAGAGGUGGAGACAAAGAGCAGGAUUAUUUUUUUCUCCCUCAUUAUCACACAGACUCAAACACACACAUGCACACACACGGACGUGUCACUGUCUAAAUAUUAUAUGAUAUCAUCAACACCUUCCUCUGCAGCUUUGGCACACGUAAUGAUUGGAUGUAAUGUGAACACGUGCACACUGCACAUGCAAACAUAAACAUACACACUGAUUUAGGGUGGUAAUGGAGUAGUCCAGCUGUGGUCAAGAUGUGUAACUUAUUUGUUAAUGUCUGAUGUUCUAAAGGGGAAAGGUGGUCUGCUUAAUGUAAACAGGUUCUGCAGACACUCUUGCUUUCUGUCUUGAGUGAAAUGAAACAGGCAGAUGUUAGACGUCCUCUGUAGUCUUUCUAAACCAACUCAAGAGUAUCUGUUCAUGUUGUUGGGUCUACAAUUUUAUGUAUCAGGGAACAAAAAUUGAUGUUGUUUUUGUGUUCCCCCUUUGAUACCUAAACCCCAAACUGUUGUAAAUAUGCUGAACCUGUAGUUCUCAAACUUAUCAGACCAAGUUCAACAUCUUUUCAAACCAAUCUGUCCAAGGUUCACCUACAACAAUCUACCAUGUCAGAGACGCCACAGAAAAUGAAAUGACCAAUGUAGCCUCUAUGUACGGACAUUUUACUGUUUUAAGAUCGUUCAAGUAUUGACUUUUUUGUGUGUGUAAGAGAGAAUAGAAAUAUGUGUAAGAGAGUAGGAUUGUAAAUAAAAGAAGGUUUGACUGUGCAUGUAAGAGACUAUGUCAGUUUAUGUGCAAAGGUAUAAUGGUGUAUAUGUGAGAGUAUAAUGGUACAUAUGUGAGAGUAUAAUGGUACAUAUGUGAGAGCAUAAUGGUACAUAUGAACAGGGAUGGGCAGGUCAUCUUCCUGGUGAGGGCUCCUCUGGAAGAGGGGCAGGGACAUGCAGCACUGUCACACUGUCUGAAUGGCGUUAUAGGAUAUGUUUUAGAGAGGGAAACAGUUCGUGUUUCUGGGAGUCUAUUUUGAUGAGAGGAUGACCUUGGCUGGUCUCAUUGGAAAAUAAGUUUCCAGUGAUUAAUGUUUUGUGUUUUAUGACAGGGAUGGAGUGGCUGAGUCACUAGGGCCUCUAUGAAGACAUAAUGUAUGUACUCCCUGUUUAGAACAGUAAUAGACUAUGAAGCAUAGCAUUUGAGGACAGCUAGAAUUGAUCGCUAGUACCUCAGUUACAUGACAGUGAUCUGAGGGUACUGGAUAGGCUUAAGCAAUAGGGCUGCCAUUCCUCCUGGUCUUCUAUGUGUGUGGGUUGAGUCACACAAAGGUAUGUCACAUGAUCUGUACUCAUG